UACUGCUCACUCGUACGCGCUCUCUACCAUAGUCCAGACAGCGUACCUUACCACAACUACUUCCAUGCUUUGUGCGUCGCGCAAUUGGCCUACCUCCUUCUGCGUGAUGCAAAACUCCUGCAUGAAGUGAGACCCAUCGAGUUCCUGGCGGUCAUCUUAGGCUCCCUAGGACACGACGCGGGGCAUCGCGGUUUUACGAACCAAUUCGAAGUGUCGACCAAAAGUGACCUGGCCUUGAGGUACAACGACUUGUCGGUGUUGGAGAACCAUCACGCGAGUAUCAGUUGGGGCUCCAUCGUCUCUGCAGGAGUCGCGUUGCAGGUCUCGAUGCAAGACUGUCUACCAGCACAUACGGCAGAACAGGACCAAAGUGGCAGUGCAGGUGACCAAACCGCAACUAAGCCGUCCAACACUGCAGGAGCGUCAGCAGGAGCAUCCUCAUCAGGUUCUACCACCUCACCAGCCUCACCAGCUAGCAGAGUGGUCCCUCCAAAAAUCUCUCCUACUCUCGACCGCUUCCGUCUGUUGUUCGUUUCCGGGAUCAUCAACACGGAUAUGAAAUUUCACGGCGAGCACAUUCAGAAAGCGCAUCACGUGGUCAAAUACUGCCAAGAUCGAGACGCGAAGGUAGGAGAUGAAGACAUCUACGCGCCAGACGAAGAUGAGGACGAUGACACGACGUCGAGCAGUUCAUCGGGUUCGGAAGGAUCCGCUGUAGACGUAGAGGAGCUUGUUGAGAGGCAGCUGUUGACCGAAGCGGAGGAUGAUGAUAUUCUAGACGUGGAAUUGGAUGAGGAACUCGAUGCUGCUGAGAAUGAAGAAGGAGGUGGUGGAGCUUCUGGCUCUGACGACAUUAGGAAAAGGUAUAGCAAAAGAACCAGUAAGAGUCGUGACAGUCGUACCAGCAACGGUCCGAGAGCGGUGGAGAUGUCUCCGAAUCUGAAGCCCGCCUCAGAGGCUACCGCGAGCAAAGAGAGCACAGCAGGACCAUUGCACCUACCAAACGUUCCGGGUCGUGGUCCCUGCUCUCAAGUGGACCAAGAUCGAGCAAGUAAUGCCAGUCACGAGACUGUCGAUGUCGAAAUGAGUGGGGAGGGGGACGAGGAAGAUGAUGCGGACGGCGAAGGUGAAGAUCAAGAUGGAAAUGGUAACAUCAAGAAAAGUUCUAACUCGGGAUCUAAAAACUACUCGGGAUCGGGUGAUAAACGGGCUACAACUUCUCGUGCCAGUGGUCGUGUAUCAAAUACUAGUGGUAAGAGGAGGCUUAGUGGCGCUAGUGCAACGUCUUCGGGUGCAGAAGCGAGUGCAUCAACAUCUUCUAGGAACAAAACCAACAAAACCAAAGGCACUUCCCCAAAGAGCACAUCCAGCAAGACCAAGAGCGGCGCAUCCCCUAAACGCAGCAAGAACGAUAGCAAAGUUGUGUCUAGGGCUAGCAGUGGAGGUGGGAAGAUCAAGAGGAGCACGAAAACACCAGUUAAGCCGCCACUGGAACCUCUGCCGGAUAAUGUAAGACAAGACGUCUGCGAACUCUUCUUGCACUUAGCAGACAUCGGCAACAUGGUGACCCCGCUGAAACAAAGCGUGCGAUGGAAGAAAAUCGUACUAUUCUUUUUUUGAAUCUUAGAUUGGUGGCUUCGCGAUAGCCUCAUAUUCGUGCAUCAGAAACUCAUUGUGAUGUUUGUGUCGAGUCAUUUUCAUUACAAGAAGGUUUUCUACGCAGAUCCAGCGUGUCCAUCCUUGUCUUUAUCCUUAUCGAUUCUUAUCUCCAUAAUCAUCCCCUCUCCACCCACAGGUCCUCGCUGAAUUCGAGUCUCAGGCUAUCGCGGAAACGAAGCUUGGCCUACCGAUCUCCAUGUUUCCGGACGGCUUAGACACCCCUAUCAAACGAGCAAGGACCCAGGUCGGCUUCCUGAACUAUGUCGUGAUGCCAUUGUUCAAUGUGUUG